AUGUCUAUCGUUGUCACGGCCAAAAUUGCCCAAAACGCUGUUUUUUUCUCUGACGAACGAUUUCGGUGCGAAAUUACCUUUGAAUACCCACUUCCUACGGUCGAAAAGUUCUCAAACGAUAAAUUACAAAGCCUAGCAAGUAAAAAUGGUUUCAUAAGCCACACAAAAUCUUAUCAGGAACCAAAAUCACCAGGCAGGAAACUUUCGCCUAGGCAGGUUUCAAAUGGAAAUCCUUUGUCAGCAAUAGUAGAGAACCCUUCGAUUCAAAAUAGCCUAGCUGGAGAUCUUGGCGAUUCGGGAAUGUUUGGGUUUCGUAACUUGGUCAAGAGAGCGUCUUCAACACUCUCUUUAUUUUCUUUGGGCAGUGGAGAAUCGCAGCCACCGUUAUCACCAGUACGAAAUAAUGAUUAUAUUGAAAAAAAAAAUAGUAACAAUGAUGUUCAUUCAACGGAUUCGCCGUUUGCUUAUAUAGAAGAAGAAACUUAUGAUGAUGGUGGGCUAAUUAAUUUAAAACAUGCAGAUGGUAGUGACAGCGUUUCAAUUAGUGAUUAUGAUACUUCUGAAUCUUCUCCACGAAGUUCUGCAGAUUUUUAUGUACUUGGAUAUUCUGACGACAGAAGUAGUAAUAGUUGGAGUGGUUCAUUAAGUGAUUAUAAAAGAAAUAGUAGUGGUAGUGGUCGUUCUUCAAUUGGAAGUGGGCGAUGUAAUUCUUCACCUACUCUUAGUCAAAAAUAUGAAACAUUAUUAUGGGGUUUUGCACAGAUAGUUGGGCAAUUUGUGGUAGAUGGUUCUUUAGUAAAGUCUAUCGAAUUUGAACCAUUGAAAACAAAGACAAUGUAUCGACCAGCUAGUGGGAGUGGUGCUGGGGGAGCCGUAGGUGGUGGAACAUUAGGAGUAUUCACUCCAAAUUCUAUACAUCCUUCGAGCUUACAAGAUCUCCAAGAACGAGCGGAUGAUGGUUCUAGACCUGUUUAUGAUUUGAUGAAUCCUGUUAUUAUUUACAAAGACGAAGCUAACGACCAUCCGUUAAUGCCGCUUAAUGCGGAUGAACGUCAUCAUUAUUUUCAAGCGGUUGAAGAUGUUAAUGUUGAAACUUUUGAUUGUUCCAUUCCAAUUAAAGUAUAUCCGACAUCAUGUGAAUCAGCACGGACAUUUCCUUCACAACAUACUUUUCGUGUAUCAUAA